AUGCCGUCCGACCUCUCGUACUGGCUCGUAUCAGUGCCCCUCCACGACGGUGACCCGACCGCUGUCCUCCAGGAGGCCCGCAAGGCGGUUAACAACACCGUCCCUGUCGGCGGAUGGGAGAUCCCAGAGCUCAAGGCCGGAACCCUCUCGUCGCUCAUCAACCUCUCGGACAGCCUGCCCAAGACGGACCAGCAGUUCACCACCACCGUCUCCAAGCUCCUCGAGACCCUUCGCUCCCUCGUUAGUGAGGACGCCACCCGCGUCGCCCAGCACGCGCGCGUCAACGACCGCCCCGCCGAGGAGUACGUCCUCCCCGACCCCAACGGCAACGGCUCGUGGCAGUGGGACAAGCGCCGCUGGGGAGAUGGCGGCAAGGUUGCGGAUGUGAUCGAGGCUCUUGUUCAGGAAAUGGGUACCGUCGAGACCUCGCAGAAGCAGAAGUCGCAGCAGUAUCAGCUCGCCAAGGGCGCCCUCACCAACCUCCAGAGGAAACAGCAGGGAAACCUCUCUACGCGCUCGCUUCUCGACGUUGUCAAGAAGGAGCACCUCGUGGAGAACUCGGAGUACCUCGAGACUCUGCUUGUCGCUGUGCCCAAGAACAACAUCAAGAGCUGGUACGAGAAGUACGAGCGUCUUACCCCUAUGGUCGUCCCCAGGAGCUCUCAGGAGGUUGCCAAGGACGGCGAGUUCAUCCUUGUCACCGUGACUCUGUUCAGGAAGGUUCGCGACGACUUUAUCAACAAGGCUCGAGAGAACAAGUUUAUUGUCCGCGACUUCAAGUGGGAUGACCAGGGCCUCGAGAACCAGAACAAGGAGCUGGCCCAGCUCGAGAAGGAGGAGAAGGAGCUCUGGACGGAGCUGCUCCGCCUCUCGCGGAUAAACUUCUCCGAGGCAUACCAGCUGCUCGCCCACCUCAAGACUGUCAGGUUGUUUGUUGAGAGCGUGCUGCGCUACGGUCUGCCAGCAGACUACUCUGGCUUUGUUGUGAAGCCCGAGCCCAAGACGGCCGUCAAGACGCUCAAGCUCCUGUCUGCCCACUACAACUACCUCGGCUCUGCCAAGUCGAGGGAGGCCAAGAACGUCAGCAAUGACGACAAUGUGGGCGAGUGGGCGGGCGUCAUGGAGCAGGAGUACUAUGACUUUGUGCUCUUUGAGUUGCCAAAGAUUCAAUUCUAGUAAUAGACGGUCGUGUCAGGUAUGCAUGUAGUUGUGUUUGG